AUGACCCAAACUUCACAAAAUACGGGGUUCAGAAGACUGACUAAUGAAACGGGAUGCACAAGAGAGGUUAGUUGAAUUAGUUGAAGACUAUAAAGUAUGAUUUAGGAAUGGUGCUCAUGGCCUCACCAGAACUACGAUCAGAUGGAAAGUACCCUGGCUGUCCAUCAAUACAUUCAACAAGCCAUCAGGGAGAACUACAAGGACAUUGAAAACAUCUUGACACCUCCAAAAGGAGUUGACGAAGGGGUCUGGAAAUACGAACAUCUUCGUCAAUUCUGCAUGGAAUUGAAUGGUCUGGCUGUUUUGUUGCAAGAGGAAUGCACUCAAGAGACCUGUGCCAGUAUGAAUGCUACUCAAAGUUGGAUAUUCCUUUGCGCUUCGCAUAAAAAUCCAAAGGAAUGUGCAGCCAUCGAGUACACGAUGCACACUCUGGAUGGAGCCUCUGCUUUGUUAAAUAGUAAUCGGUAUUUCCCAAGCAGAGUUACUUUGAAAGAUGCGUCAUUGAUGAAGAUUGGAUCUGUUUGCAGAAGAGUCUACAGGAUAUUUGCCCAUGCUUACUUUGAACAUCGCAAAUUAUUCGAUCAAUUUGAGGUAAUUUCUGCCUUUUCUUGGAUGAUUUUCAUUUUUACUUUUGUUAAAUUUGGUUAUUUUAGGAGGAGACGUGUUUAUGCCGCCGUUUCACCAAAUUCGUGACCAAGUACUCGUUGAUGGGCAGUGAACAUCUCCUUGUUCCUAUUGAUGAACAAGAGGAACCUACAAAUUCAUGA